AUGUUUACGCUUCUUUGGUACCUCGGCUCUCGCCUCGGUCGUGUUGCACUUGGUUUUGAUGAACUGAUUUUUCCUUUUUUUUUUCUUUUUUUUCUGGAAGAUAUGCGCGACUACACCUUCCAGGCGCAUUUCUGCGAACGGAUCUAUCAGACGCACCAUCGAUUCUGUCGACCCGACUCCGACGAGUUGGCAUUCACCCUGCGCCAGGUCGGCUACUAUCUGGGCCUCAGUCGCAUCUUCUGUAGAUGUGAAGGUGUUGCCGAGGUGCACUCAUACAGCUACAGUCGACCCGUGAAUGCAGACGACCGCCUCUUCCGUCCGCGCUUCAUUCAGAUGACCUGCAAAAGACCGGUCAGUUGA